ACUGCUUUUGUUACAGAUACUCCUGUGUCUGCCAGCAGAGAAGAUUUUUAACAUUUUAGUAUUUUUUCUCUGCAAUUACUUUUUAGAUUUUGGGAUUUCCAGAAGCAAAGAUCAAAGAGGAAUCAUCGAGAAUAGACUCUCUCUGAAGAGUUAAGUCUAAGAUGGCCACAGCCUUGGUCCUACAGACUUCAGAGAUGCAGGAAGGACUUCAGGCAGUAAAGGUAGAAGAGAAAGAGGGGGAUUGUGGCUGUGGGCAGGAAUCUGGCCUGCGGAGAGAGAACCCUCACACCAGAGAGAUCUUUCGGAGACGCUUCCGGCAGUUCUGCUACCAGGAGACCCCGGGGCCCCGCGAAGCUCUUCGAAGACUCCGGGAGCUCUGCCGCCAGUGGCUGCGGCCCGAGACGCACAGCAAGGAGCAGAUCGUGGAGCUGCUGGUGCUGGAGCAGUUCCUGACCAUCCUGCCCGAGGAGCUGCAGGCCUGGGUGCGGGAGCGCCGCCCUGAGAGCGGGGAGCAGGCGGUGGCCGCGCUGGAGGACCUGGAGAGGGAGCUGGAUGAGCCAGGAGAGCUGGUGGAAGAUGGGAGCACAGAGGUCCCAAGCUAUGCUUGUGAACAGGGAGAGUUUGCGAAGGAGAAAGCAGCUCGGGGACCAGCCCAGGAGUUGCCAGGUGGCCGGCUCCAGCCCUCGGAAGAGCUGCAUUGGUGCGGUGCACGCGAGCUGUGCCCGGUUCCGAUCGGUGAGGAUCGGGAUUUUUCUCAGGAGCACCCGCAUGCUCCCCUUGCUGUUUCAGGUGGUGAGGCCGGGACUUGGAACGUGGAGUUAGGCCUAGAGAGGGAGCUUUCUACAGAGACGAGGCCUCUUGUGGAAGCACUGGAGAAACCGAACAGUGAUGCUGCUCAGGUGACUGAGCGCGGAGACCCCUGUGAGCGGGACGGCAGGCUGGAGAGGCAGCGGCCAAGCUCUUCCGUGGAGAGACCCUAUGUCUGUGGUGCAUGUGGGAAGAGCUUCACCCAGAAUUCCAUCCUUAUCGAGCACCAGAGGACGCACACGGGGGAGAAGCCCUACGAGUGCGAGGAGUGUGGGCGCGCCUUCGGCCAGCGCUCAGGCCUGUUCCAGCACCAGAGGCUCCACACCGGGGAGAAGCGCUACCAGUGCGGCAUCUGCGGGAAGGCCUUCAGCCAGAACGCCGGGCUCUUCCAUCACCUCCGGAUCCACACAGGGGAGAAGCCCUUCCAGUGCGGCCAGUGCAGCAAGAGCUUUAGCCGACGCUCUGUCCUCAUUAAGCAUCAGAGAAUUCACACCGGGGAGAGGCCUUACAAGUGUGAGGAGUGCGGCAAGAACUUCAUUUACCACUGCAACCUCGUUCAGCAUCGCAAGGUCCACUCCGGGCUCGGGCCGGCCGGCCCCCUGGAGCAGGUGGCGCCGCGUGUCCUGCCGUCGGACCACUAGCGCGGUCGCAGGGUAGGUUCUUACUUUGUCCCUGAGCAAGGUAAUGGGAAAAACUAGUGUAAUCCUCUUGAGGAGGAAGCUCCAAGGAGAGCCAGUGAAAUUGUCCACGUUUUCAUGCUGAGAGAAGCAUAUCUUAAGUUCAUCUGUCAAGUUCUCUGGGGGUUCGGCAUCCCCGCUGUGCGAUACUGAAUCUUGUGUUGACUUUAUCUGCGUGGUCUCCAGCCUCACACACACCUGUGCAAAAAGUUUUCUACGUGUAUUUCAGGGAAACUUCUUCAUCCCAGUUUUAAGAAACUUUUAAAAAAGUUUUUAAAAAUCAUACGCUGCCUAAACACAAAAUUAUGUUAAAUGCUGAGCUCACCGAGUAUUUAAAAAUUAAUUUAAAAAUAAUCGCAGUAAAACCUGUAAUGUAAACGAUUUGACUCUUUUUGUUUUCGUAAGAUAUGAUAAUUUGCUUUUGAUCUACAACAGGGGGCAGAUGAAUCCUCCCAU